AUGUUGAGACUGGCACUGAUUCUGUUAUAUGCGUCAUCCCUAUGGAGCCGCGCUAUUGCUGUCGAUGUUCCAACGGAAGUGGCCGUUACCCUCACCACGUCUGAACUCUUCGAUUUGGGUGACGGUAGCUGUGACGAAGCCAGCCGCAUCUCCACGAUUGACGCCCAUCUCGCCGAGUGCGUGAAUCUGAUGAAUGCCGCCCUGACGGCGUAUCACAACUUGCAAGAUGCUGCCGCGUAUCGCAAGAUGUUCGCUACGUGGUUGAGCAUGGAGUUUGACGAGUUCGAAGACCCAGUCGAGGUGGAUGAAUUUUUUACGGACAGAUGGAGUACUAUUCAGACACGUUUGGCCGGAGUCGCCCAAUUCCUCAGCGGCGGGGGACUGGUCAAUGCCAAAAGCUCCGACAAACCGAGUCUGUUCUGCAGCGACGACUUUGCAGUCCGAAAGUCCUGGGAAACAACCGCCAGGGACGGAUCUGGCGAGGAAAUGAUAAAGGAGAAAGAUGAUGAGGGCAAUGUUGUUGAGACUUACACCAUUGCCGACGUCUACCCCAAUAUCAAACUGUUGAAGGAUACCGGAGAGAUUGAUGAAGAUGAAGACGCGAGCAUGAUCAUGCCGUACUGGGUUGACUACCUCAAAGGCUACGACUUUUCUGCCGUGGGAACUGAAAAUAUCUGCGACAAAGACGCCCUGUACGGCUGGACCAGUCGGGCUGAUGAUAGCCCAAGCACCGAGGCGGGCAAUCUCGACGGCUUCACCUUCGCCUCGUUCAACCGGCAUAUCCUGCUCUGUCCGUUGACAUUCUCACCCCCUAGCCAGUAUCACGGGACCGCUACGCUGGCAGAGCUGGUCACUUCUGCAGGCUAUCCCGUGGCCGCCGCUCGCAUUCUCCCAGAGGCGUACUCGACCAUCAGCUGCACCUUGUACCAUGAACUCUUCCACUUGGUUGAUAGCGCGGGGACAGAUAGCGAUUCAGGAUUGUAUGGAUCAUUGAAAAUCCUAGACGCCAGUUUCACUGCGAAAAAAGCCUCGGUUGUCAAUGCUCCAGAACCCUAUGUGUUUUUCUCUCUGGCUGCUUAUCUGUAUCAAAACCCUCCUUCGGGCAGUGCAGCUGUCGCAUUCAUCCCGCCCAAGGGAUGGCAAACUCUAUGA